CCCGCCCCGCGCUCCGCAGCCGCUCGCGCCCUGGCAACCGCGGCGGACUCUCGGCGCUGCAAGGCCAGGUCUUGGCGGCCGUAUUUUGUGUUAUGACUUCUCAAGAUAAGACAGAAGAGCAUCCUUUUGUGGAUAUAUUUAAUGAAGAUGAAACUGAACAAUUUUUUUUGUUGUCUAAACCUCUUCACUUUGUUGUACUUGGGAAACCAGGUGUUGGGAAGACAACAUUAGCCAGAAAAUUAGCACAGGCAUGGAAAUGUAUUUGUGUUGAGGCUCUACCAGUCUUAGAAGAACAGAUUGCCACUGGGACAGAAUCAGGAAAUAUGUUGCAGUCAAUGCUGAUCAGUGGUCACAGCAUUCCAGAUGAACUUGUCACAAAACUGAUGCUGGAGAAGCUCAACUCCUCAGAAGUCUCUCACUUCGGUUAUGUUAUCACUGAGAUACCAUCACUUUCACAGGAUGCUACGACUACUUUGCAGCAAAUAGAAUUCAUUAAAAAUGUAAAUUUGAAUCCUGAUAUUAUAAUCAAUAUUAAGUGCCCUGACUAUGAUUUAUGCCAAAGAGUAUCUGGGCAAAGACAGCACAGUAUCACAGGAUACAUCUAUAGUAGAGAUCAGUGGGAUCCUGAAGUCAUUGAGAGUCGUAGGAAGAAGAAGAAGAAGAAGAAAGUUGCCCAUAAAGAAGGGAAUAUUGAAGUGGAAGGAGAAGAGGAAGAAGAGCAAGAAGAAGAAGAAGAGGCGUAUAUUGCAGAAAUGCAGAUCGUAGCUGAAAGUCUUCAACAUCUAGUUCAGCGGCCUGAGGAUUAUUUGGAAAACGUUCAGAAUAUUAUUAAACUUUAUAAGGAAACAGCUCUUCCUACUUUAGAAAAAGUAAUGGCUGAACAUAAUCCCCAGUAUCUCAUUGAGCUUGAUGGAAAUAAAUCUCCUGAGGAGCUCUUCAUGAUGGUAAUGGAACGACUUAAAUAUCUGAACCUAAAAAGAGCAGCUAUUUUAACCAAACUUCAAAAUGCAGAGGAAGAAAUUAAUGACAUGAUGGAAAAUGAAGAGCUGUUCCGUACUCUUGCAUCUUGUAAACUUAUUGCCCCAAGAUACAAAUGGCAGAGGAGCCGAUGGGGACGUGUAUGUCCUGUGGCUUUAAAGGAAGGUAACAUUUAUGCAGGAUCACCUGAUUUUUCUGUGAGUUUUCUAGGUAAGAUAUACUGUCUUUCAUCAGAAGAAGCAUUAAAAACAUUUUUAUUGAACCCACGUCCCUAUCUUCUUCCACCUAUGCCAGCACCACCAUGUAAAGUAUUCAUAUUCGGACCUAAGUGUUCAGGAAAAACAACACUUAGCAAGUUGAUUGCUGAAUAUUAUAAAGGAAAGGUAGUUGACUAUGCCAAACUUGUUCAACCAUGUUUUGAUGAGGCCCGUGAGGCAUUAGUGAAAAAUACUAUAGCUCAGGCCACUGAAGCAGCUAUUAAAGUUGUGGAAGAAAAGCUUCUUGCAGAUCUACAAGCUAAAAGACAAGCUGAGACAACUUUAAGAGAACUUCAAAAACAAUUUGGAGAGAAAGUAUUUGAAGAGUUCCCAGAGUAUGUGUCUAAAAGCUCGGGAGAAUUACGUUCUUCAAUUGAUGAAGGAGCACACUCUCAAGAAGCCCAAAGAGACAGCUCUCUAGAGGACACAAAAGAAAACAGAACAAAGUCAGAAGAUGCUCUUGAUUAUCAAGCUGCUAAUGCUGAUAAAGAUGUCUCAACAGAAGACUUAAUAGAAGAAGUAACUGCAGAUCAUCCAGAAGUUAUUUCCAUCCUUGAGGAGACUCUAAAAAUGACAAAGGAUAUGAACUUUGAGCAGCCUUAUGUAAAACAUGCUGAAAUCUUAGAGGAAGUCCUCAGAGAGGUAGUAGAAGAAAAGAAGAAUAGGUUUCCUGAUGCUACAAAAUUUGGAGGAUGGAUUGUGGACAACUGUCCUCUUAUAAAGGAACUAUGGAUGGUCUUAAUUGAGAAAGGAAUUGUACCAGAUUUGGCAAUCUAUUUAUCAGACACAGAAAACAAUGGAAAAUGCUUAUUUAAUAGAAUAUAUUUACAAAAUAAGUCUGAAAUUGACUCUAAGAUUUUAGAAAGACUCUUAAGUGAGCUACAAAAUAAAAAGGAAGAAGCAGCAGCAAACUCAAGAAAGGCUAAAGAAGAGGAAUUGAGAAUAGAAGAAGAAAAGCAAAGACUACUGGAUGCUAUGCAUGAAAGAGCAAAAGAAGCUGAAGAAGCUGAUAAUGGAGCUGAAGAAGUUGAGGGUGAGGAAUCUGAAUUCCAUGGAGAAUCUGAGGCACCUGAAGCAUCUGAGAACAGAGAGUCACUGUUACAUGAAGAGUCUGAAAUGUCUCAGGUUCCUAAAAUAGAGCAUGAAUCAGUCACUGAGCCUGCUGAGGAUACUGCAAUUGAAACAGAAAUUCUGAAAGGAUCCAAAGAGGGCCUGGAAACUGAAGAAUUAUUUGAAACAGUUGUACUACCUGAGUUCCCAGAAGAUGCUUAUCCUGAUGUUCCUGAAAUGGAGCCUUUUAAAGAGAAGAUUGAAUCUUUCAAGACCAUGUGGAAACAGCUGGAAUCACUCAUAAGUGAAUCUUUCAUUCAAAUUUUAAACCUGGAGAUUGCCAACAAAACACCAAAGGAACUACUUCAGAAAGUAGUUGAGACUAUGGAAAAACCAUUUCAGUAUCGUGCAAUGGAGCUGACUGUGGAGGAUUAUGAUGAAGAUGCAGAAGACUAUACAGCUGAAGCAGAUGAUGAAGAGGUAGAAGAAGAGGAAGAAGAAGAAGAGAAUGAAGAAAAAGCAGAAGAGAAACGCAGGCAUUUGGGAGACACGAAGCAUUUUUGUCCAGUGGUUCUCAAAGAAAACUUCAUCCUACAGCCAGGCAACACAGAAGAAGCAGCUAAAUAUCGAGAGAAAAUGUAUUACUUUUCUAGUGCUGAGGCUAAAGAAAAGUUUUUGGGGCAUCCUGAGGACUAUGUGGCUCAUAAAGAACCAUUAAAGGCUCCUCCACUAAGAAUUUGCCUUCUGGGCCCCCAUGGAUCUGGCAAAACUGUGUGUGGAAGAAAGCUGGCAGAAAAUUUUGGCAUUUUUCACAUUCAGUUUGAAGAAGUUCUUCAGGAAAAACUAUUGCUCAAAACUGGAAAGAAAUUUGGACCUGAAUUUGAGGAAGAUUCUGAGGAGGAACAAGCUGCCAAACAAGAACUUGAAGAACUGGCACUUCAGGCCAAUAUUAAACUUGAGGAAGAAAACACAAAGAAGCAGCCUCCAGAAGUACAACUUACAGAAGAAGAAGAAGCAAUUAAAUCAAGUCUAAUAGACAGUGAGCCAUUGUCUGCUGAAAUUCUUGAAGUCAUCCUUUCUGAGUGGUGGCAUAAAGAACCAAUAUGUUCCACAGGCUUCAUCCUAGAUGGUUUCCCACGGUUCCUGGAAGAGGCCCAGUUUCUAAGGGAGCAUGGAUUUUUCCCAGAUGCUGCUGUUUUUAUACAAGUUGAUGAUCAAGAUAUUUCUGAUCGUCUUCUUCCUUUCCAAAUUGAAAAAUGGAAAUUGAAACAACAGAAGAAAUUAGAAAGGAAAAAGCUCAUCAAAGCCAUGAAGGCAAAAAUCAAGGAGGAUAUGAUUACUAAAAGAAGAGCUGAGCUUAUUUUAGAGAGAGAGAAAAAAAAGAAAGAGAUGGUUGGUGUUAGAGAGGAUGAUGAGAUUAGUGAGGAAGAACCUGAUGAGGAUGAGGAUGAUAUUGAGAACAUCCUUGAAGUGUUUACAAAAGAGGAAGAAGAGAUGAGUGAAGAAGAUGAACAGGAAAUUGAAGCAGUUGAGCGCCUGAGAAUUGAACUGGGAGAAAAAUUUGAUACAGAUGUGAAUAAUUUACAAAUGAUACAGGAAGAAUUUGAGAAGUUUUUGAUACCAAUAUUUUCUGUUAAUGGAGCUCGAAAAAUCCAUAUUGUACAAUAUGCAUUGAAUAAGAAACUGAAGCCACUGGUGGAAAAUCGUGAGAGCAUUUUUGAAACAUGUAAUGCAGUAUCUGCACACCUUGCCCAGAAAAUGAUUGCCUUUACCUACAAAUAUAUAAGCUCAUUUGGCUAUUGGGACCCUGUAAAGCUAAGUGAAGGAGAAACAUUUCAGCCAAUUGGAAAUGUGGAGAAUCCAAUUUAUCCUGUAAUCCAUCGUCAGUAUAUUUAUUUUUUAUCUAGUAAGGAAACUAAGGAAAAAUUCAUGAAGAACCCCAUCAAAUACAUCCGCCAACCCAAAGCUAAGCCUACUAUGCCUAUCAGGAUUAUAAUUGUGGGGCCUCCAAGAUCUGGGAAAACUACAGUUGCUAAAAAGCUUGCAAGUGAAUAUGGCCUAAAACGUUUAUCAGUAGGAGAAGCUUUGAGAACUGUACUGAACCACCACCCAGAAACAGAGCUGGCGCUUAUGCUAAACUGGCACCUCCAUAAGGGGAUGGCAGUGCCAGAGGAGCUAAGUAUUCAAGCCUUGGACCUUUCUCUGAUGGACAGUAUAUGUAAUACUGCAGGUGUUGUUAUUGAUGGAUACCCUGUAACUACACACCAAAUGGAUCUCUUAGAAAAAAGAUCAAUCAUUCCCAUGAUUGUCUUUGAAUUGGAUAUACCUUCUGAGGAGAUUUUCAGAAGAUUGUUCCUGGAAAAAAAACGUGAAGCAAGUUUGCCUUAUCCAUUGCACAAUAGUGAACAGAUUAUAGCUAUCAAGAAUGCAAUGUACCAUAAGAAUGUUGGUGCAAUUAGGCAAUGUUAUAAAGAACAACAUCAAAACUGGUAUGUGAUUGAUGGAUUUCACAGUAAAUGGUGGGUAUGGAAUGAAGUCAUUAAGACCAUUCAAAUGGUGAAUAAACAUAUGCAGAAAUACUUGGAAAGACUAAAAGAAGGAAAAGCUGCCUGCAUUGACAAGUUAUGUAUCACACCUCAAGAGCUGAUUUCUCGCCUGGGAGAAUUUGGACAGUUCUGCCCCGUGAGCUUGGCAGAAUCAUAUGAAUUACUUGAUUGUUCUGAAAUGGACUCCUUGGAAUUUGCAGCAGAAUUUAGGGGGCACUAUUAUAAAAUGAAUUCACAAGAAAAACUAAAUAAAUUUUUGAAGAAUCCGGAAUUGUAUGUGCCUCCCUUAGCACCUCACCUACUACCAUCUGCUGACAUGAUCCCCAAAAAGCUAACCCUAUUAGAACUGAAGAGUCGAUUUCCAAAGUGUGCUGAGCUCCAGGGCUACUGCCCAGUGACCUAUGAGGAGGGAGAACACAGAUAUGACGCCUUAGUACCUGGUAACAGUAACUAUGCUGUUGAGUAUCAUGAUCGUAUAUAUCUUUGUGAGAAUAAAGAAAAACUCCAGAAAUUUUUGAGGUCACCACUGAAAUACUGGGAUCAGAAGCUUCCACAGAAACUUCCCCCAUUAAAGGAACCGAUGAUCCUUACUAGUCUUCCUUUACCCGGAUAUCUGGAACAGGGUAUUGCAACUUCUCUAAUUAAAGCAAUGAAUGCAGCAGGGUGUAUAAAACCCAAAUUUCCCUUCUUAAGUAUAAGGAGAUCUGCACUGCUGUACAUAGCAUUUCAUCUAAAAGCAUUCAAUCCCAGAGGUUCUGAAUAUACAAGAAAGAAGUAUAAGAAGAAGAUGGAGCAGUUUAUGGAGAGAUGUGAACUCAUAACAUACCUCAGUGCCAACAUGACCAGAAAAUACAAGGAGCCUCAGUUUAGAGCCAUUGACUUUGAUCACAAGCUACAGACCUUUCUUUCUCUCAGAAAUUUAGACCCGGCUAGGAGAUAGUUUUUUUUUUACCAUAGGCUGAAUCUCAUGUUACCUCCAAGUGACACAGGGAAACCAAGAGCAGUAGAUCCAAGACUGUCCCCAACUCACUGCUCCUGAGUGAUAUUACAGGGUUGUCUGACUUCAGAAGGACUCAGGCUGGCCAACCAGGACAGAAAGCUCCUCUGCAAGCGUGGGUUUUGAAGUUUGAUACUCUUUGCCUGAACUUUGAUUCUUGAAGAAAACAAAUAUUCCACUUAUAAUUCCAUUAAGGAUAACUUCUAAUAAAUUUAUUUUCCUUUUUAACAUUUUAAU